CCUACAUCUAUUCCUAGGCUUGCUUCCUGGCCUGAAUAUAAACAUAAAUCAUAAAGCCUUAGAAUUCUUGACCUCGGAGUAACAACGGAGACCCCAGUAUACGUCACACUUCCAAUAUGUCUCAAUCAUUGCGUCCAUAUCUCCAAUGUGUCCGAGCCUCUCUCACCUCCGCGCUUGCGGUUUCGAACUUCGCUUCCCAGACGUCCGAGAGACAUAAUGUACCUGAAAUUGAGGCCCAAAGCUCUCCUGAACUCCUUCUCAACCCGCUUACCGUCUCUCGUAACGAAAAUGAGAAAGUCCUCAUCGAACCUAGUGUGAACAGUGUCCGUGUCAGCAUUAGAAUUAAACAAGCGGACGAGAUUGAACAUAUUUUGGUCCACAAGUUUACCCGGUUUUUGACGCAGAGGGCCGAAUCUUUCUUCAUCUUGCGACGGAAGCCAGUAAAGGGUUAUGAUAUCUCGUUUCUAAUAACGAACCGAAACGUAGAAGAGAUGCUCAAGCACAAGCUAGUUGAUUUCAUUAUCCAAUUUAUGGAGGAAGUCGAUAAAGAGAUAUCCGAGAUGAAGCUUUUCUUGAAUGCCCGUGCGCGAUUCGUCGCUGAGUCUUUCUUGACACCUGUAAGGACCCACCUAAUGACGCUCCCUGUCUUCUGAACACUAUCAAAUUAACCAACAACCCAUAGUUUGACUAAAUUCUUGCUCAUAAUGUUCAUUUUAUGGUUCGUGAUAUAUCCAUGACCUCCACAUUUUAUCCAAUAGCGAGUAUUGUACAGGCGAUCUAGGCUGGUUAUGGGGGCUAACUCUGCUUCGCUCAAUGAUUUGUUCCCUUCCCUAGAUCUUGAAGUCAUUUGGAGUUUCAAUGUAUGGUGGGCUUCUCGCAACUUACACUCGACAGUAGAUCUUGGUAUAAGCGAAGUACAACCAUACUAGUAACAAGCAUUCGAGACCACUAUGUUUUUUUAGCAAUUCAUUUACGCUAUGUAAAUAAUUACAAUAUUAUUCCACCAUUAUGGAUCUUAUAUCUAUAGUGCAGAUAUGCUCCGUUAUUC